UCAGCAUUAGUAUGUGGAGGGGUUGAUCUUGUUUUUCUCGUAGAUACUUCUAGAAGUAUUUGGGAUCAGGACUUUACACGUCAGUUGGACUUUAUAGAAAAAGUUGUUGGCAAGUUCGAUAUUGGACCUGGACCAAAACAGACACGAGUUGGCGUCAUACUGUAUGCACAAACAUUUUGGGUACGUUUUUACUUGCGUUCUCAUAUGGAUCUUCCAUCUUUAAGGAUAGCAAUAAGAAGAAUACCACAUAAACAUGGAUCAAAAACCAGAACAGAGAAAGCUUUGAGGUUUUUACGAACUCAUAUGUUCAAAAAGUGGUAUGGAGGAAGAAGCAACACAACUCACGUGGCCAUUAUCAUCAGUGAUGGUAGAUCUCAAGACAAAAAGGCAACUCGAAAAGAAGCAACAAAAGUGAAAGAAGCAGGGGUUAAACUUUUUACAAUAGGUGUGGGAAAACGAGCAGAUAUCGAAGAACUUAAAGAAGUAGCUAGUGAUCCAGACGAUCAUUUUGUAUUCCAAGUCGGAGAUUUUAAAGCACUGGAUGGACUUAACUACAAACUUCCUACAAGCACAUGCGUUGCUGGUGCAAUCACACCAAAGACUACACCACCGCCUACAACAUCAACAACAACCCCCGCACCUACACUUCCAUCUGUUUUAUUGCUACAACCUUUGACUUAUUUGACUCUACAGGAGACAAAUCGAGCGUCCCCAGCAACGCAGAAAGUUGAAGGUCAAAACAUUACCGAAUCUCCCAAAGUUUUAUGGGAUAUUUUAACUCGGUCGCCUCAAGUAGAGAGGUAUCUUACUACAACUUCUUCCAAUAUAAAUGAUGAGACGGUAUCAAAAGCAACAACUAGUACUUCCAAUGACGAAGACGAAAAUAUUAUCGAAAUUAAUAUUCAACCUGAUUCAGAAGAUCACCAAAGAACAAUAUUACUAUCAAAUGAAAAUCCAGAGCAUGCCUUUGCUACGUUACCAACGUUAUAUGGUUUAAGCACAUCUCCUGAUAAUAUACAUCAGCAAAUUUCAGGACGCUUUGGAGAAAAUAGCAAUAACAGUGCAGUGCAGUGGAAUGGAAAUGAAGAAGGUCCUUUUCAGGGACAAAGACAGACAACGCCAUUACCUAUUGAUAUUCAAAGAGGUUUAGCAGCCUACUCAUUAAAACCUAUAACGGAAGACCAAGCUCAGAUUAUGUCAAACUACGUGCUUAGAGAUGUUCCUGCACAAUCAUACUGUGAUGGCAAAGACGCCGACAUCUAUUUUGUGUUGGAUGCUUCUAAUAGCAUAUGGCCUGAAGAUUUCAAACAGCAAUUGGCUUUUGUCAACAGUGUUAUAGACAUUUUAGAUGUCACCCACGGAAACACAAGAGUUGGUGUGGUCGUAUAUAGUACCCAGGUCCAUCCAAUAGUCAUGAUCAAUUCUGGAUUUUCAAAAUCGCAAAUUAAACGUCAAGUUAACGCAAUUCAAUACGUCAGUGGACGAACCAAUACAUCUGACUCCCUUCGUUAUAUACGACAAUAUGGCUUCGGGCCUGGACUUACUAGAGAAGGAGCGGUAAAAUUGGCCAUUGUGUUGACAGAUGGUGUAUCUAGGAGGCCCCUUCAGACGAAAAAAGAAUCAAACUUAUGCCGAGAUGCUGGAAUUCAUCUUUUUGCUGUAGGAAUCGGUAAAAAGGUGGACCAGACUGAACUCAAAAGAAUAGCCAAUGAUCCUGAUCAGAAGUUCAUGUUCCAUGUAGAUUCGCAUGCAGCUCUUGGUACUAUUAAAGAUUUCUUGGCAAUCACAGCUUGUAGUGUUGCUCCUGACCAGCCUAGAAAUAUACCAGUGUGUAAUGACCUUGGUCCUUUGGAUGUGUUAUUUUCUUAUGAUGCCUUUGCCCUUGGUAGUAGAAAGUCUCAAAUGAUAAACUUUUUCAUCCAUGAUGUUUUGAACAGCCUCAAUUUCUCGAACGGAAACUUACAGAUUGGGCGAUUGACUGAUAACUGUCCAGAUAUUACAGAUAUUCCGAUUUCUGCUACCAGAAACUUAUCCGCAUUCGCAAGUAUUAGUUAUCCGGGAGUACCAAACUUGUUGAGGAAAAUGAAGUCAGGGUUUUCAAACCGAGAAGGUGCCAAGAAAUUAGGAGUUUUAUUUGUCGAUGACAGUACAGAGAGUAUUGAGAAUGCAGUUCGUGUGAUAAAAGACGGAAUUGAUUAUAAGCUAAUGGUGAUCGGAAUCGGGGACAAGCAGGUUACAGAUACGGCUGGAGAUCUGUGUUCGUAUCCGAAACAUGACUACUUUUUACAAGUCCCGAGAUACUCAAACUUGUUACGAGCUAGAUCAAAGUUGCUUGACAAACUAUGCACAACGAUGAUUGCAGCUGGAUAAGUUAACAGGUGUUUUAUUUGUAGAAGCAAACAUGUGAUUAUGUAUAGUAAUUUUAUCUAUUUUUGUAAAAAAAGAAAAGUGUAAAUAGUUUGUUUUUAAUCGUUUAUUUUUUACGUAAGACGCAAAAGUUAGAUAAAGAUAUCUACCAACAUGACAAUCAAAGAUGUAAACAUGGUUUCUACGUUGAUGUACAUAUUCAUAUAUUAAAUUUAUAGGGCAGUCGUUGAUGUUUCAGACGAUGUCUUCAAAUGUAAAAAAAAACCACUGUGCAAUUAGACUAUCACAUACCGGGGAUAGGGGGAUCCAAUAAUAGGCAAAAAACAAGGCAAUGAAACAUUGUAAACGUUCAAACAGUGUUUGAAUAAACCAGUUUUAAUUUUACAGACAAUCCCUAUUCUUACGCUAUGGUGUUUAAUAUUUCCCGUGUAGUAUCUGUAUGCAUUACUGGUCUAAGUGGGCGUUACUGAAACAACUAGUAAUUAAGGAAUGUUCCAUAAAAAAUGUUAAAUUUUAUAUUUUGUAUUACAGAUGAUUGCGAAUCUCUAAAUUCAUAACCCAAUAGCAAAUCCAUUUUUGUCUUAACAAAUACAAUUAAAGAAAAGGUUUGUCUAGAAAACGCCCUAUGAGAUAAAGUUAGUUUGUUAAAACAUGUACGAAUAUGUAUUCGGUGUAUUAUACUUCAUACCUAAUUGUACUUUUAGUUUUAUGUAUAUAUAGGAUGCUAUGUUUAUUUUUGUAUAAUGAUUUGUUUUAAUUGACUUAACCAUCAUUGUGAAAUAUGAUGACAAUACAGAAUUUCAGUAUUAAAAUCUUAUGUAAAAUC